GAUCAGGGCAGGCGCGCCAACUUCCAUCAAACUGCAGCUCUGAGUUCUGUCUCACUACACAGGACACAAAAUCCACACCGAUACAAGCACUGCUGCUGUUGCCGAAAACAAAAAUAAACAAAAAACAAAAACUGUUGAAAAUCAAAUAAAAACUAAACACCAAACAUACAAAUGCUACUCCCACAGCACUAAAAACAAAUAUAAAAAUAAAGAAUAAUUUAAUAAAUAAAUAAAUACUUCACAUGAAACUAGUUGAGCAACAAAGCCGCCAAGAUGAGUAUGACAGAGAUGAUGCGCGGCAAAACAAUGUCGCCGGAGCAGAAGAAUGACAUCAAGUUGGCCCAGCAUGGUAAUAAUUAGCCCUGUUCUUGAUCAGAAUUCGCCAACGUCCGCUUGGUGCAGGUUGGCUGUGUAAUGGGUGUCCUGGCAGAGGCUAUCGAGCGGAUCAAGAUCUCGCUUAUCUUACCCAAGAUGCUGGAGCAUCCAAGUCACAUGGCCAAGGUUCUACAAGGUACCAAAUACGAACCAGCCGUCCGCCUGGUGUACUCCUUCCUUCGGCGCAAGCAGUUCAUACUGCGUGAAAAACGGCCGCCGCUGGCAGACCACGGGAUGAUCCAGAUCAUCGACUUCUUCCAGCGCAACCACCAAAUGCACGUACUUUUUCCGCGCUAUUACAACCACCUGAGCAACGAGGAGAACAGGCUGCUAAAGGCCUUCAAUAUGCUUUCUGAACUAGCUAAAGACCGCCUCUACAGGACCUCCACCGAGGCGAUAGCCCAAGAGCGCAAACUUUACGCAAUGUACAAGGAGAAUGAGAGGGUCAAGGUGCAGGUUGACUUGCUGAGAGAAAAAAUCCACAGUCAAAGGAUGGCACACAAGUGGCGAAUGGCCACCAAGGAAGCCAACCUGCAGGCCUACGAGGAAAUGCUCGAGAAGAAGAAGCGCGAGAAGAACCAGCGCCUUCAGAAGGAAAUCGAUCGUGUAAAUCGCAUGGUUCGUGCCAAGAGGAAGAUAAGCAUUGAACGGCAAGCUGAGCUGGAGGAGAAGCUGGAGACGACUAAAAAGAAUUACGAUGCCUCGACUAAGGCCUACAUGAAGCUGGAGAUGGCAAACCGCGAGGAAAAAAACAAGCUGAUCUUACAGCUGCAGGCGCUGAUCAAAAAGUAUGAUCACGUCAUCGGCGAGAGGAUGAUCGAGAAUAUUGAGCUAGAAGAACAGUACAAGGCGGCCAAGAAGGUGCUGGACGACUUUAUGGUCGGCUACCGAAAGGUGGAGCGGGUCUACAAGGAAGUCGUGGUGAAGCGCGAAGAGGAGGAGGCCAGGCAUCGGCAGCAGCGCAUCAUCAUCUUCGCCAUGAAUCGCGCGGCUUCCAAGAUCCAGAAGUACUGGAGGAAGUGGAAGAAGCAUAUGCGCAAGAAGAAUAGGCGGAUAAGGUGAAAUAGAUCUAAAAAUUAUAUGUAAAUCGACUGAUUUCACACUUGCUAAUGUUGUCUGAAAGUAAGAAUUUAAAUUCCAAAUUAAACAGUGAAUGUAAGCUUA